CGAUACAGACAGCAGAGACACGUCGUAAGCUGCAAAGACCAUUCGUUGUUGGCUUGUAGAAACUCGAUAGCAACACCUUCGUUACGAUACAUAUAGUGUACCGUAUACAACUGUAUCGACGCCGUAAAGAGCCACAGCUGUGCCCACGAAGAAGCGAACGACGAAGACGGUCUAUACGGCACGCGUUCGCACUACUACACACGCACCUCUACCUCUGCCUUCCUCAUGUUUCGCCGGGGAAAGAAAAAGUCGGAGGGGUCCUCCUCCGCCGCCACCCCGGAGAGGAAAAAGAAGGGCCGCAUGUUCCGCAAGGCCAACAAGAACAAGCAACGGUACGAGGAAGAACCUCAGGAAGCCGCAAACGACUACGACUACGAGACCGGCCUGCCGGAAUUUCCACCGGGAUCGAACGAUGGCUCGGAAAGGAAUGUCGACCUCGACGCCGACAUCGACCACUCCAGUGGCAUGGACGACGAGUUCGGCUACCAGCGAGGCACCGCCGAGGCGGAGUACGAGUCUUCCCCCCAGGUGGUCAGCGAGGACGAAUUCGAAGCCGAAGAAGAACCGGCGCCUUUCGUCGAACCGGAACUGGAUCGCAAGGCCCGGGCCCGGCUGGCGGUGGAAGAACGCAAGCGCAAGGCCCGCGAGGCGGUUGCGGCACGAAAGGCCCGCAAGCCCUCCGGCAAAAAGGCUCCUGCCCUCCCGCCGGUUGUGGUCGAGAACGAAGAGGCGAAGAUCCAGAAGCAACAAAGCGAGAAGCGCCUGGCGUCCGAGCAGCGGGCCAGGAUGCUCGAGGCCGCGGAAGCCGAGAAGCGCAAGGCCGAGGAAGAGGAGCUGCGCCGAGAGGAGGCGGAGAUGCGGGCACUGGAAGAAGAACUGAAGCGGGAGGAAGAAGAGGCCAAGAAGAUCGCAGCGAAACUGUCACCGAACGGUUCCGCGGAACAAGAAGCCUACGUGGUGCAGGUCGAGACGGUAGGCAGCGAGGAAGAUGGGGACGAAGCAGAGAUUCGAGCCGAAAAGGCCAGAGAGGAAAUAUCGGAAAGGCUCAGAGCAAAGGCGGAAAAGCGAUUUGCCAAAUUAGAGGCAGAAGCAGAGGCUCGAUUUGCGAAACUGGAGGCCGAGCGGGAGAGAAAGGAACAGGUGGAAGCGGAGAAACGAUUGGCCAAAGCAGAGGCCCAGCGGGUCAGAAAGGAAGAGAUGGCCAAGCUCGAAGCCGAACUGAAAGAAGACGCCGAGCGACUGAAGAAUGCAGAAGACGACAAAGCCCGAGAAGAGGAGGAAAAAAGGAAAGCAGAAGAAGCUCNCUGAAAGAAGACGCCGAGCGACUGAAGAAUGCAGAAGACGACAAAGCCCGAGAAGAGGAGGAAAAAAGGAAAGCAGAAGAAGCUCUCAAAGCGCUCCAGCAAUUUGUCACUGUGGAAACCACUCCAGACGACGAUCAAGUAGUUGAAGAUCUUGGGGACGUGAUCGACGAUGGCAAUACCCCUCGCUCGACUCGCUCGAGCGCGCUUUUGGACGAGUUGCUCGAUACCCCCCGCUCGAGUGUGCCCAACCUGGAUGCCUUGCUGGACGAUCUCGACGAUGAUGCGUUCGUGGACGGAAGCGAACACACGUCGAGCAAUUCUCCCGAGAAGGUGGAAUCGAAGAGCCAGAACAAGAAGAAUGCCGACCGCAAACCCAAGGAACCAAAAGCGGAUCUGGCAAAGUCUCGCUAUAAGGAACUUAUCAAACCAUCGCCACCACCAAAGAGAAAACCUCUUGCCACAACAUCAGCCCAGCGGGCAACGAAGCCGAAGCCUCGCAAGGUUGCUCCACCGAAGCCAAAGCCUCGCAAGGUUGCUCCACCAAAGCCAAAGCCUCGCAAGGUUGCUCCACCAAAGCCAAAGCCUCGUCCGAGAUCACGGCCAAAGCCAGAACCUCGUCCAACAGCACCACCAAAGCGCACCGUAAAACCAAAAUCCACACAGAGGAUCGUAAACACUACACCAAGAUCACCGGAUAAGGCGCCUUCUUCACGUCCAAAACCAGAUUCAAGCGUAUUUAGACAACGCGUUCCUGGAAAACAGAAAACGAGCGCGGAGAAACCGUCACCCUCGUUGCCUUCAAUAGAUUCGAUGGGAUCUCAGUGCACCAUUUCUUCCAUUCCUCCGUCACCCUUCUUGCCUCUGCGAGACCCAGGUUGUGAAGUGUGCGAAAAUAAAUACAUCCCCAACCUGCAUCCCGACGUACAAGGUUGUCAAGUUUGCAUUUUCAAGCUUUCGGAUGCCGAAAGAGAACAGUACGAAAAGGCGGGGCGUCAUCUACGGGUGGUACCAACAUCGGGCGGCUGCAGGGAUUGCAACAUUUUCCCAUCAGAGGAUGAAGAGGCGCCCGUGCGUUUGUGCAAGAAAUGUUUCUUUGACACGCAUCUGCUUGCCGCGCGGCAAGAAGAGGCUUUUGGGGGCACUGGUCCCUUGGUUGGGGCCCGAGACAUACAUAAAGAGUUCAGAAGUAUAUAUACGAUGAAGAAAAGAUGGUGAAUUAUUUUGAGAUAACCGAAGAGCAUUCAUCCCUGGGAACUGCUGAUGCUAUCGUUUAUGAAGAACUUCUCUGUGUUUGUGAUUUAUGUGAAGUCAAAACCAAUCUUUAUCAUUCUUUUCCAGUUUGCCCAAUCCAUUAUUUCAGCCCAUCCUGAAAACUGGCUUUGUGAGGCUGAAAAUUCGGUUCUCUAAAAAGUAGAAAAUGUGUUGAAUUUUCACGUGAUGCUCUAAUCGUGCUGAGCAAGGCAACAUUUUUAAUCAAAAAAGGAUGCCUUUUGGUAAGACACAAAAUGAUGCCGAAGCGAAAGACAGGAGAUGAUUUGUUGCAAAGUAACAUUUUGAUAUUUGAUUUUAACCCUUCUCAAUAGAAAUAAUUAGGCUCU